AGACAACACGGUAAUAACACGCAGACAGCGCGUGAAACACCUGUUAUUCACGUGUUGUCUACGUGUCACAAACCAGGAGAACAGUAAUAGAACCAUUUAGCUUCCAUAAAGCUACAGCUAGCAGACGAGCUUUAGCUCAAAAAGCGCAUUUCAUCCCAGAGUGACACAUCACCUUUCGUCACUUCCGGACCUGCGCAGUUGUCUCAAACCUCUACCGAGCAGCGAACAGAGAACCAGCUGGAAAAAACGAUAAAACAGGCAGAAUAAGAGACGGUUUCUGAAAUAUGUUCGCUUAAAAGACACUUUGAAGGUAGAAAACCCGGAGGAGAGCAGCUCAGACGGCUGGAAAGCAUCGCAGAGCCUCAGGAACCGUCCAGGCAUCGGCUCGGUCUGCCGUAGAGGGAAGGAAGAGUCAGUUCGGCCAAAGAGACGCAGCGCAGCAAGAAACCAUGAACCCUGAGUACGACUAUCUGUUCAAGCUGCUCCUGAUCGGAGACUCUGGGGUGGGAAAAUCCUGUCUGCUGCUCCGCUUCGCUGAUGACACCUACACAGAGAGCUACAUCAGCACCAUCGGGGUGGACUUUAAGAUCCGCACCAUCGAGCUGGACAGCAAGACCAUCAAGCUGCAGAUUGAGUUUGCCGACUCUCUGGCCAUCCCUUUCCUGGAGACCAGUGCCAAGAACGCCACCAACGUGGAGCAGGCUUUCAUGACCAUGGCGGCUGAGAUCAAGAAGCGCAUGGGCCCCGGGGCCACGGCCAGCGGGGACAAGCCCAACCUAAAGAUCGAGAGCACCCCAGUGAGGCAGUCUGGAGGGGGCUGCUGUUAAGGGACCCCCAGUCCUCCCAUCACGGUUUUAUCCCCGCCCCUUACCCCCCACCCCCAGCUUGCUCUUUUCUCCCUCCUGGAAAAACGGUAGAAGGUUUCUUUAGUCGGUCGGCGAGUCGUCAGACGGUGGAGAGGUUCUACCCAGAAUCCUUUAGGGGCGGCGUCCUGCAUGCGACUGAUGAUCCUGGUUCAACGCCACAACGAUAAAAAGCGUUGGACGGGAGAAAAGGAUCCAUGUUGUUAAAGACGGCGUUCUCUAGAACCGUUAGCAGUUAUGACCAAACCUUUCUUCUCUUCUUCCAUCCUGUCUUUUUUUUUUUUUUUUGGUCCUGGAAGUCUCCGCUGCUAACAUAUUUAGCCUCCCUCCUGUUAGCCUCCAGAUGAAGCUCUCUCAGGCUAACUCCGCCACCGCGCCUCCUUAACUUCCUGUUAGCCUUCAGUUCUCACCUUCAGCUCCAUCAAUCGGAGACUUCCACAACUUUAGAAAGCUCCUAGCCAAACCUCGGCGGGAAAAAGGUGGAACCGAUGAGUUUCCUCCGGGCUGAUUCUGCCUUAGCGGCAUUUUUACGCGUUUGUAGGAGCUGCGAUCUAGCUGCUAGCCGUCCCGCUCUGACAUCUCUUUCCAUUAAGACACUAAAUACUUCCAUCAUCAGCAGGUGGCGCUAAUCCCCGUCCACGAUAUCGUCAUUACAGCGAGCUAGAAGCCUUUAGCAUUAGCUUGAUUUUCUUCGGGGUUUCGGUGAUAUUUUACGCUAACCUACAAACGAAGGGAAGAGACGCCAGCGUCCUAGCUAGCCCCCAACCAUCCAACAUCCUGUAGCUUGAGCUUCGCCUUUAGCAUCAUGAGCACUAGCUAAUGUUUGUUAGCCGCAUGGUGGACAUCCAGAACAGCCUUCUUUUUUUUUUUUCAUCUGCAGCCUUAAAACUUUAUGAGAAAAAAAAUGACACACUCCAUCUGUAAAAUUAUGGAGAUAGAUUGGAGCCAUAAAUUUGUUUUUUUUACUAAAAAUAAAUGUUGAAACUAAAAAAUAAAUUUGAAUCCCAAAAAAAAUCGAAAAUAAUGUGAAGUUGAAAAGGAAAUUUUUGAAACUACUUUUCAGUUUUGUUUUU